AUGGGUAAACAAGCAAUGGGAACGAUUGGUUACAAUCAACAAAAGCGAAUCGACUCAAUCAUGUAUCUACUUUGUUAUCCCCAGCGGCCUCUUGUGAAAUCGAGGAUCCACCUCAAAGCAUCGAGUCUGUUUCAGACUAUCGAGUUGAUCAAUUUCGAAAAACUGCCUGCAGGCGCGAAUGGCAUAAUUGCUGUCAUGUCUUAUAGCGGAUACGAUAUCGAAGACGCCUUAGUACUUAACAAAGCAUCCUUAGACAGAGGGUAUGGAAGAUGUCUAGUCUAUAAACACGCUAAAGGAACUGCAAGAAAAUACCCAAACCAAACUUAUGAUAGAUUGAUGGGACCUUCCUUGGAUCCGCUUACCCGCAAACCCAUCUACAAGCAUAGGGUCUUGGAUCAAGAGGGAAUAGUUUUCGCAGGCGCUCGUAUUUAUUCAAAACAAACGAUGAUAAAUAAGCACAUGCCUGUAGUAUCUCAGGAAACUUCAUCGCCUACUGCUCAGCCCACUGCUCCGGGAUCUCGUUCGAUCGAGUACAAAGACGUUUCCAUAACUUACAAGAAUCCUUUGCCUUCUUACGCUGAAAGAGUGCUACUGACUUACAAUGAUGAGGAAGCUCACCUAAUAAAGAUACUUCUCAGGCAGACAAGACGACCCGAGUUGGGCGACAAGUUCUCAUCUAGACAUGGUCAAAAAGGAGUUUGUGGACUCAUUGCAGCGCAGGAAGAUAUGCCUUUCAACGAUUUGGGUAUGGUGCCAGAUAUGAUCAUGAAUCCUCAUGGAUAUCCCUCGCGAAUGACUGUGGGAAAGCUGAUGGAGCUUUUGAGCAGCAAAAAUGCGGUUUUGAGUGGUCGCUACCAUUACGGAACUGCCUUUGGAGGAGAUCAGGUUAUCGAUGUUUGCAAUGAAUUAGCAUCUCAUGGAUACAAUUAUCUGGGCAAGGAUAUGUUAACGAGUGGGAUCACAGGCCAACAAUUAUCCGCAUAUAUCUACUUUGGACCGAUUUAUUACCAAAAAUUGAAGCACAUGGUGCAUGAUAAAAUGCAUGCUAGGGCAAGGGGACCGAGGUAAAU